CAAAAUUGUAGCCUUGUUGAAAGACGAAGAAAGGUGGAGCGUAACACCUUCUCUUUGUAGGAGUCGUUCUCUUGUUUUCACCAGUAUAGAUAGUAGUAUUACUAUUAGUAGGCACAUGCGAAAGACUGUGUCUGUAAAUGUAGUAAAGUGCCCAGUCAGCACCGUAGCUUCUCAUCAUGGAAUUGGAAUUGGAUAAUUUGUUGAGAUUGGGAAUUCACUAUCGCGGUGCGAUAAUGACCCAAGCUUUACAGCGUGAGAUGUGGCAUUUGAAAGAGGAAUUCACGGCUAUCACAACCCUGGGCGAUCCCUUUAGUGCUUACACGUUGAUGUUUCCAUUAUUCGUCUGCUUGAAGAAAUCCAUUGGUCGUCGCAUCCUGUGGUCAGCAUGUGUGGCAGAGUGGCUCAACAUCAUUCUGAAAUGGUUGCUAAAUGGUCAGAGACCCUAUUGGUGGCAAUAUGAAUCUUCAGAAUGGAGUAGACAAUCUGAGCUACUGCAAGUUCCGUUGACCUGCGAAACGGGGCCAGGUAGCCCAUCCGGUCACUGUAUGAUAUCCGCUGCUGUUUGGUAUGUCAUAUCUGACACUGCUUUGCGCGUGCUACCAAACGGCUCCAAGUGGAUAUCAGGAGCGAUAUUCUGGUCACUCCUGUCUCUCGUUGCCGUGUCAAGAGUCUUCAUAGCAACUCAUUUCCCUCAUCAAGUGUUACUUGGUUCAGUUGUUGGAGUGCUAAUUGCAAAAUGCUUCCUGUCAAAGUCCUUCCGGCACUUUGUGGACAGCAAAUCUGCCACACAUCACUUGGCAGUGUCCUGUGUGUUUGUGGGUGUUGGCUUCCUCCUCUAUGUGCUGCUGCUCCACCUUGGUCUUGAUCCAUCCACAUCAGUUCGUCUGGCAUUAAAACACUGCAGUAAUCGUGAUUGGGUCCACCUGAACACUACUCCCUUCUUUUCUCUUUUCAGGAUGUCCGGCAGUCUUGUGGGUAUUGGCGUUGCUCGCCACUACAAGCUCUUCUCGAAGAAAUUCAAGAGCGUACCACUGCGUGUGUUUUGUGGCAUUGUGUCAGUGGUCUGCGCUCAUGUAGUGUGCGCUGUGCCCAUUGCAACUCCAUCUCCUAUCAUUUUCUAUUCCAUAUCAUUCAUACGGUUUGUUCUGUUGCCCGUGUCCGUUGCACUCUGCACCAAGAUCCUCUACUUGCUUUUGCGAUGAACCUUUUCUCAUCACUGUAAUAGUGGCCCUGUAUCUGCUUAUUUUGACACAGUGCAGGAUGUCUACGAAGUGAUUCUUAAUUUAUUUGAGUUUAAGGAAGGAUUGUUGAUGCUUUAGUUUUUGAGCUUUAUCCAGCCGAAGCCCACAUAGUCAUUUGGCUGAGAGCUUGCGUUUUUAUGAUAAUAAUUGUAAUCCUAGCGACUUGUGUGACUCUAACUGUUGCUUGUGCUGGUACCAAGAAUACACAAGAAGAGGACCUGGUAGUCCCUGAAGAGUUA